GGAGCAGGUAGGGGUGUGGCCUAGCAAAGACUUACUCAGCCUCACUUUGCCGCCUUUCUGGAGCUGGAUGACACACUUGACUAAGUACUUGGACGAAGGCCUCUGAACAAGACGGAAAUGCUUGCAGAGGAUGCUGUUCCCCCUGCCUCUGCGGGUAGCCUGCAGCCUGAUUGCCUGGCUCUCUCUCUACGCUUGGUUCUGCCGUCGCUACAAGCACCGGAACUACGAAUGGAGCUGCAGGCUGGUCACCCUGACCCAUGGCAUCCUUGCUACCUGCCUCUCUGCUUACAUUGGCUUUAUUGAUGGUCCCUGGCCUUUAACUCAUGCAGGAUCACCAAACACAACUCUUCAGGUGCAUGUGCUGUGCCUUAGCUUGGGCUACUUCCUCUUCGACCUGUGCUGGUGUGUGUACUUCCAGACGGAGGGUGCCCUGAUGCUGGCCCACCAUCUGGUGAGCAUCUUGGGCAUCACAGCGUCAUUGGCACUUGGGGAAUCAGCUGCUGAGGUCAACGCCGUCAUCUUUGGCAGUGAGAUCACUAACCCGCUGUUGCAGGCCCGCUGGUUCCUGAGGGAGAUGGGGUGUUACCACAGCCUCACAGGUGACCUUGUGGAUUUCUUCUUUGUGGUUCUCUUCACUGGGGUGCGGAUUGGAGUGGGGGCCUGGCUGAUGUACUGUGAGCUUGCCUCUCCCAAACCCAGGUGGUACAUUAAGCUGGGUGGCGUGAUCAUGUAUGCUGUCUCCUGGGUUUUCAUGGUCAGCAUCUGUCGCUUCGCAAGGAGGAAGAGCAUGAAGAAGUACCAUGCUUGGAGGAGUCGGAGGAGCGAGGAGCUGUUCUUGGAAACUAAUGGACAUCUGAAAAAUCAGUGACUGGAUGCUGAGUACAGUCUUCUUGGAGUUCAUAAUCUGGCAAGAAGGGGAUCAUGCCUGAAAUGCCACUGUCAGGAAAGGAGCCAACGCACGUUAGCAAUUUUGGAGCCAAAUUUCUCUCUGGCCUAACUCCAUUGAAAUCCAUGGAACUAUGCCAUGAAUUCAUUGGAUCUGCAGUGUUUGGCCUGGCAGAGGCUGGCUUAGUGUGUAUAUAAGCAUAAACUAAAUGAUCUUAGUAAAAGAAGGGCUAAUUUUACAGACUAAACAUGACUAGGUCAGCAGUGCAGGUGUAAAUAGCAGUAUUAGUAGCUAACUCCUUCAGCACUGAUAUAGUCUUUGAAGAGAUGACAAAAUAAUGCUAAGUCUUGAUGUUCAGUGUUUGGUACAGUCUAGGCAGCUAGAGUGACUUUGUUUAUGCUCUUAGGAAGAAACAUGUUCUAGUGUUUCAUGUGAGUCGGGCAGAAGUAGGAGUUGGGAUUCCUGGCUCUUCCACCAAUUUGUUAUGUGACCUUGGGCAAGUCACUUAACUCUCUAACUCUGUGCCUAAUUUCCCCAUAUGUGAAUUGGGGGUGAUGGAGCUGAUCCAUCUGUUUUAUGCACUUUCAGAUCUUUACUUGAGAGGUGCUAUAUUAAUGCAAAGUGAUGGUGGUUUUCUGCAUUUUGUUCACUAUCCCUAUGUUUCCUCUGAGAGAAAUAAUUUUGGUGGUUGAGCUAGAAUGUCUUUAGAAAGGACAGUAUUUUAGGUAGGCCUUUGUUUCCUACCCUUUCUAAUUGCUUUUAAUAACUUAUUUAUUAACUUAUUGAUAAUUUAUUUUUUGGUAGCUCCCAGAAGCUCUAAUCAGCAUUGGCACCUUGCUGGACUAGGUGCUUGAUGAAUACACCCAAAGACACAGCCCCUGACAUGGAGCACUUUUGUGACUUUUUCCCUUUUCUUCAUCCAUGACUAUUAAAACCUUAUCCACCUCCUCCAAGUACUCCCCUUAGCUCCUUGGGGUACCAGCACUCUCCAUUAUGAGAAGCCCCAUCAGGACUCGCCAGUAAGGGGUUCUCUGGCUGAUAGGCCUCACGUAGGGGCCAAGCACUGAUUUGCCUGCAGAAUGCUGAAUUUCCCUCUGCUGUGUUUAUCGGCCCAAGUGCAGGCAUAGUGUGGAGCAAGCUUGUGACCAAAUGGCUUGUCUGGAGAUUGUCAGACAAAUACCUUCCCCAAGCUGCAAGUUGCUUUUAAAAAUGAGAAUAGCAAAUGCAGAGUGCUUUACUGCAGCAAUCUGCAAACGAUCUGUACUUGCCGUUUUUGGCAGCCUCAAGGGAACAGGGACCAGAAUCUGAUUUGUAGUAAAGGCCGUGUAUUUGUGUUGUCUUGAAAGUGUCAUUCCAGAUUCAGGUCAGUGUAUCUGAAUCCAGGGUCUGCACCAGGGUUUGCUGGGAACAGUGGAUGACUGUAGGUGACAUGUGAGAUAUCUAUGGGCAAAAUGAUUGGAAAAAACAGCUUGCUUGAAACUAGCAUUGUUUUUCCCCAGGACUGUAGAUACCAGUUUCAACAAGAAUGUUUCCUCAAAUCCCAGUUGGGAUUUCUGGUUGAAGAGUGGCCAACAUGCAUCUUCAAAACAUGGUGGUUAGGGUGGAAGCGCUACCCUCCUUCAGGUCCUUCCUCUGCCCUGUUCAAGCCAGAGACCUAAUCUUGGCUCUCUUGCAUCUGAAUUGAUGGCUUGAUCCCCCCCCGCCCCCCCCCCCCCCCGACUGGAUCUGAGUCACUUCAUAAAAGUGAAAAUUUAUGGGGUAAGAGAGAAUUAUUUUUCAGCCUGGUGAGUAAAGUGUAGAGAAGUGAGCCUAACUGGGAGAACGGAUGAGUGUUACUUACCUGGUCCCCUUAGCAGGGAAAAAUUGUCCCCCAAUUUGCAGCUGCUGUUGUUGAUUUCACUGUCUGUUCUCAAGCACUGUUACUUUGCUGUUGUUACUACGAUCCUUAUCCUGAGCCUCAGCACCCAGGUUCCAGUGCAGCUCGGAUCCCAGUUCUGCUGGGAGCCUUGCCUGUUGCAACCAAAGACCUGGAGAGCCAAAAGGGCUUCAGACUAGCAGAGCCAACUGACAGGUGAGCUGAUCCUUAAAAGGAAACUUGACUCAUUUAGCACAGUGCAGCCAUAUAACUGUUGAGCCUUGAGGGGAGACAAGGGCUAGAUGGGACUUGCUGAUUCUUUCCCAGCAAUGCUGCUGGUGUUGGGUGUGUCAAGGAACCUUUUUGCCUCAGCUUACCCACCAUAUUAAGUGGGUACAGUAUUUACCUACCUCGUGGGGUGUUUUCAUUUGUUAACACUAAGCCAUCUUUGAUAAAUGCUCGGUGGUCUCUGUCAGCUGUGCUGUAUACAAGUAAAAUGCUGUUGCUUUGAGUGAAGCACUUCUCACUAUGACCUGUAAUCAGUACUUUCUAGCCUGAACAUGGCACUCGCAUCUGGUUUGCCUCACAAAAGCAUGAGUCCAAGAGGCUUUGCAGUGGUACUUAACAGGCAGGAGUCGAAAGAGUAAGCUAGACAUAUAUGUAAGGGUCAGCCCUGCCGCCUUGUAUUCAGGUGGAUUCCCAAGUCAAAGAAAGGAGGUCUGGUGGGUUUUCUCAAGUAAGCACUGCAGUAAAUCUGGAGCCAGAAGAGCUUCAGCGAGCCAGCCUGACCAAGGAAUAAGGAGUGAGGUGGUUGCAGGGAAAGCUUUCAGCAGCAAGUCCUGAGGACACGUAGCAGAAAGCUGAGCCUGUUCAUUUCUCAGUGCAGUUGUUGACUUGCCCAUCAAGAAGGAUUUCCUGAGAAGUCCUGACGGUUUGGACUCCGACCUCUGGCGAGGUUAGUGUGCAGCCGAAUGCUUAGUUACUGCCCUUCUGUGUGCAGCCCGCCCACAUAGGUAUGGAGAAGAAGGAUGCCAGUUCAGAUGACUGCAGGUGUGUGUGACACAAGUACCUUGUGUGAGAAUGCUUUGGAAGAUAAUACACUUAAUGGUUGAGGGGUCCCUUUCUUCGAACUGAGGGAAACUUGGUUAGGAGGAGCAGAGCUCUGUCAUCAAUGCUGAGGCUUCAGAUGCUAAACAAAGGCACCAGAAAACAAAAGAGCAAUUAAGAAUGGCUCUGUGAGGUGGAGGUAGCAACAAUGUCUCAGAGCAAGGCUUUGUAGUCUGAAUAGUGGGAUCCAGUGCAGAAACCCAGGGACAGGAAACAGAACUUUCAAGCUGAGUGGAGCAGAUGGUGUGGGGCCCCUGUCCUCAGGCUAGUCCAUGGUGACUAGAGCAAGUUGUAAAAGUAAACUGCAGAACUAGUCUGAAAUACUAACUUGUGUUUGAAUUACUGUGUAAUAGCAACUAAUGUUCCACCAGUGAAUGGUGUAGAUGCUUUGUAUUAUGUUUUAUAAAAUAAAGAUUCUUUAAUUAUAAUGAAAAACUGGGUUUCCCUCUUUUGAUGCUGUUCUUGCAUAAGUCAUAUGUGUGUCGCUGCGUGAGUCAGCAUUGCCAGUGUAAAUGGACCAAGUGUUGGGCAUUGGAUGUUUUUGGAGGCUGAGCCAACAACUUGUUGUACAGCUUUUACGAGUAUUGCUUCUUAGAGAUCUUAGCAUUAUUUUACAGGCAGAGAAACUGUUUUAGCAUUAUUUAAUGUUGCCUUAAGUGGGGGUGCUCACAGCUGUAGAAAUGAGCCAAAGUCAGCAGUGUGUAAAGGUGCAGACUUAUCUGGGGACUAAGAUGUGCAGGUCUGUCUCCACCUGCCUGCCAUGGUGCUAUUGCUUACGUCCUGGGUGGCUGCUUUCACUCAGAGCCAGAGAGAAACGGCAGGUCUGUGCAGCUGCUGGCAGCUGGGUUUAUCAUGCUCUGUUCACUGCCCAGAGCUCCCUGAGCAGGACAGACUGUAUCCCGUAACCUGCUGUGGGAGGUGUGAGCUGCCGUGAGGAUGUUGUGGAGGGCUCAGAUGUUCACACAGCAGCUUCUUUUGCCCUUGGUGCAAUGGCUUAGCACUGGGAAAGCCAGCAGGACGCUUUAGUCAGAAGUGAUUUAGAUAGUUCUUGCACUCCUUUUAAAAGCUCCUCUUCAAAAGGGUGCUCCUAAAAUAAAAGGGAGGAAAACAUUUUGUCCAGAGUGGUGAUGCUUUUCAGUGGUCAAAAUAAGAGGUGCAGGCACCAACAAGAAUUUCUCUGGACCAGGCACUGUACAGACCUAGAACCAAAGGAAGGCCCAGACCUACACAGACUAAAUCAGCAGCUCUGAAAAUACAUGUAGCCAAGUUGCACUCAGGAAAGAUUGGUAGUAUUCUGUGUUGUGCUGGCAAAGAAUAGCUAAGCUGCCUUGCUCAUGGUCACAGCAUUUUGCCAGAGGUCUAGCCUGCCAAAAGUCUGUUUCUAUAAAUAGUUAAGCCAAUUUGGUCGUUUGGAUGUAACCCUUAAAUCUACCUCGAAAUCCUCCAGCACCGGGGAGCAGCUGUGUAGUGUUGAGCCCUCUGGAGAUGCUGGCCUGUUUUACACACUGCAAACAGCUCAGCUACAGGCUGAAGUGAUCUCGGGGACGGCAGUAACCUUAUCCCGGGGUGUUGUUUAACCUCUGAGGUAGUUCAGAAGCAGAGGAGAAAGUAAAGCAGCAUUCUGAAGGUUUGCUUUGGAUCUGCAAACGUCUUGUGUGUGCUGUGUCUGUACGAGCGACACCCCAGAAUCCAGUCUUAAAUUAAUGGGCAAAUGUGCUUCACUGUAAAAAGUGAAAUCUGCCCCCCCCCCCCCCGCCAAUAUAUUACAUUUUACAUCUUCCUGUUAUUUCUUUUAAAACCAUUCCUUUCCUGCUGCCUGCCUUUCCCUUCUACUGCUGGCCCUGUAGUGAAGCUCUAUAAAAUUAACCUCCCCUUUCAAUCUUCUGCCCUCUUUUUCUAACUGAACUCCUUAUUUGUAUUUGAGACAGCUAUUUUAUGAUAUUUGAGGCUUUAUUCCCUUGCAACAGUGGCCCAAGCACUGAUGAAAAAGCAUAGCAUUUUAAGUCUUUGGAGUCUAGACUAAUACCAUUGCUGUCAGCAGGUCUGUUCCUUGGAUAUAAAAGAUGAGAGAAUGUUUUAAGCUUCAUGGAAGUUGUGGUAUGUUUCUGAUACUUGCAGACUUUGUAUAACUUGGCUGGAAGUAAAAUAGCAAGUCUGCUGCCAUUUCCAAAGAAAUCAAAUUUCAGAGAUGGAGAGAGAAUCAGUCAGCGUUAGCCUUGUGUUGCAUGAGCAGUUUCUGGGCAAGGAACAACUCUUUUUUGGUUAUCCCAAUGUACCAGUACUUUUUUCUUUCCUGGUAAGGUUGGACAUGUGCUCUUGUAAAUCAGUAUAAAAGGCGUUACUUUUUGCCAGUUUGGUCCUGUUUCCCUCAAAUUCCUGGGAGAGUUUUGCAUAUGAUAAGUUGACAACAGAAAGGAUCUUUAGAAAAUGACUUAAAGAAGCAACUGGGCAGAUCUAGGAGGUGUAUGUAAAAGCUUUUGUAAAGUAAGAACAGUUUACUGGUAAUUAAUUUUAUGUGGAAAAGGAGAAAGUGUCAGUUUUUAUGGCUUUUCAAAUGUCACAAGGUACAGGUUUUCAGGAAUGCUUGUAUAAUAUUAUGCGAAUUGUACAUCAUGUCAAAAGGUUUAGAUCUGUUCAGUAUAACUGACAAUCCUCAAAUGUGAUCAGAAACAAUGUUAUUUUCCAUCUCUUUAGAUUUUAUCAUAAUAACAAACACCUUUUUUUUUCCAGUAAGAGGGACAGUGAUUGUAGCAGAGAGCAAGAAGGAAGUCUCCAUGACAGAAUGUACAGCAGCUUUAUCUGUCCUUACAAAUGUUGUUGCUUUAAGUAUGCUCGUAUGGAAAGAAAGCUUAGUGCUAUAAAAUGCUUACAGUGAUGUGGCUUAUCCAGGUUUAGGAACUGUAAUAAGCUGUCAUAGUAGAACCACUUUUAGAUUAGGCUAUCUAUGUCUCUACUAGUGUUUUUACCAGCAUAGCAAAGUCAGCCAAGUAUUGCAUUCCUAUCCAAAUAAUGUAAAAGCAUAGACCAGCCCUGUGUUGCGCUUCCAGCAUUUACAAUGAACUGGAUGCCAUAUAAGCUGCCUGUCUCUGCAGAUAGCAAAUCAUGUGCCUAUUUUAAGGUAUGAGAUGCUAAAAGGCUUUGAAAUUGCAUAGCAAUAUGAACUACAGCACAAAUUCAUGCUGUUUUCCAGGUUAGAAAUGCAUCAAGAUGGCCAUUAGUGGCCAUUUGAUCAAUUAUUGUAUUGGUUUCUAAAGCAGCUCCCUUGCACAUCACGAUGAGGCUGGUUAGCAUCAGGCCAACAUCUGGCUCCCUCUUCUGUGGAUGGCAAAGGAGACAGACAUGUAUCUGGAUUUGAUCCAGGGUAUAUUAGUGUCUUCGAAAAUUGUCUCAAAAGUAGAAUCUCAGCAAGCAGCAAAAUAUCGCACACGUUCUCAGCUGGCUCAGGAGAAUCUCACUCCACAGCAGUUCCCGGGGAUCAGCCGAUGCUGAACUAAGCAGCAGCCUUGGGAGUGCAGGUGAGUUUGAUGGGAUUGAAUUGAAGGCCAUUACAAAAAUCAAUAAAGCAGGCACGUUUAAGUUGUGCUAAGCUUGAGAGCAAAGCCAGGCUCACCUGAGUCCUGACACAAGGGGCACAAACUGUAUGGGAAAUGAAUGUGAGCAACUGCACUUCAGAGGCAGAGGAAGUCAGUGGAGGGAUGUCAGCAGCUACUGCUUUAUCCCACAAAGCCAAAUGGUAGUAAGAGCCCCCUCUUUCAAUGAGGGACUGCCAUCCAUGUCAUUAAACAUGAGAAAUGUAUGGGUUAGUAAGACUUGGCGUUAUGAUUUGUAGGGGGGGAAAUGGGGUAGGCUUUUGGCUUGACAGCCUGUGGUUUAACUAUGAUGAAUUCCUGCAUUACAAAGUAAAAACAGCUGACAAGCUGGCUGAAACAAACUGAUUCACUUCAUCUUCCAGCUGCUCAACUUCAGAGCAACCCAAAUCUUUGCUUUUCUGGAGUGCCUGGCUGGGGACCAGAGGGAUGGGGCAUUGGUCUAAGCAUCUUACUGGAUUUACUUUGCUUCCAAUGACAACAGCCCUGCCUCAGCUCUUCUCAUUUCUCUGCACAUCUGCAGUAUUCUCAACUCUAACAGCCAAAGUCAUGGGCACCAAGGAUGCAUCAGGCCUGCAGUGUAUGCUCUGCUCAACUGAUCUAAACAUGUGCAGGCAAAGGCUCACAACAUGGUAGGCCUAAUAUGUACCUCCUGAUGGAGGCUUUGAGCUUGCAGCCUGAUAUAAACACACAUACACAGAGGGCAUGGUAACAUCAGCUGUGCUUUCUUUCACUGGAAACCGGGCUAAUGACAGCCAAAGUCCUAUCCGCUCUUCCAGUCACAAAUUUGCAUGCACGUGCUGUUGUCUUUGUUACCCUUGGGAAUCAUUUCUCCUGCAUUUCCUCUCCAGUUGUGCAAGGGUAACGGUGGCUGUUGCCUUCCAAAAGUAGCUGUGGGUUUUUUUACCCAUACAACAGAUAGUUUGCAUAGCAAUUUAUGGUAAGUCUAAAGAAUAGUACAAGAUACUGGUGCAUUCUGUCACCAGUUUAAUCGAUCACCUGUAAGAAGCAAAACACUAGAGACUUUCAAUUCCACAGUCUAUACCUUUUCAAAUCACAAAUCACAGAACUAGGAUUAGAGUUAAGGUUAGAAAAAUCUUCAUUUAAUUUAUAUCAUGGAGGUCAGAGAUGCUCAGCUAAAUCAUAUCUGGGCUACAGCACACAAUUUUAUGAAGCUCUCUAGUCUUGAUAAGGUCUGCAGAGGAUUCCUUCCUCUAAUGGUUGAGUAUCCUAUUAAAAAUGUUUUGAUAGGAAAUUUUCAUCAGACAAAAAUCUCUCUGGUUAUAUUCCCUGUUUGUUCACACUUAGGUUAAAAUUUGAAGUGUACCAGCUAUCUGAGGCAAGGCAGUGUCAUAGACAGCUGGCACCAAGAUAUCAUCAGUCUUCGCUUACUUCCUACUUCCGUUUGCACUGAGCCCAUAGUGCAGCAAAUCUUGAUCAGACUGAACCGUUAAGUGGUCAGACUGCAGCAGCUGCAGCACCCCAAAGCUCCGGAAUCUGACACUGGUUUGAAAUACUUGUUUCAAAAGCAGAGUGGGUGUGGGUAUGGGCAAGACCUCCUUAAAAUGCCCUUAGGGACAAGCUUCAGAUGAGCUGUGGUACCAGCCUUUUCCAGCAGAUGGCAACAGGUCCUCGGCUGAGCGACUGGUGCGAGGUUGGAAAACUCAGGUCUUUUCAAAACAAUCUCAAUCUCUAUAAGCAUGCCUUUUCAGGAGACCCAUAUAAAGCACCGCUAAGGAUUUCUCCUUUCCUGUGCCAUCCUUUUCUUUAAAGCAAAGAAAGGGGUUAUUGUUCAUAGGACUCAACAUUCUUCAAUUCAGGGUCCUCCUUAUUUGAGCCACUUAGCUUUGUCCUGGACUGUGAAUUAUAUGCUGUGGGAAUAUUGCUACCUUGCCCUGGAGAUGGAGAGUGGUUAGCUUAAUAUGCAUUUUCCACUCCUAACAUGUAUGUUUGUAUGAUAGUACUAACUAUAAAUUAAGGCUGAGGACUUUAUAGCUACCAAAGGAAAAAAAAAUCUAUUUUAAUUGGUAUUGCACAGUGUAAUUGCUUAUUGAUUUUUUUUUUAACUGGAUUUCACACUGUGAAACUGCCCAGGCUGCAGAAGUCUCAUAAAUACACAUACCUAUUAACAUAAACACACGGUCAGCUCCUGACUAAAAUCAGCAUUUGCAGAGAAAAGUCUGCUUUCGAAUUCUUUAAUUAGUGCUUUUUCUGUUUAAUUGUUGCUUUAAACAGUGAAAUGUGAAUGCAGCCCAUUAUGAGCAAGAGUUAAUCUACUGAACAAUAUGGUAUAAGGGUUUUAUGUUUCCUCUUUGCCAUUGAUGUAGUUUUUUGUGAUGCUUCUUCUGACAAUAUUGAGCAAAUUCUGUGGCAAAUGGUGAUCAGUGUUGCUCCACUGACUUUGAUGUCAGUUUACUGCAGCAGAGGUAAGUUACUUUCCUGUUCAUAUACAUGUAUGGGUUUUUUAGGUUUUCCUCUGGCUAAUUGUUAUUGUCAUUAUUUUGUCAUGCACAAUAAAAUAUAAUUAAAGUAAUAGAAAAGCAUCAAGACCUAAUAUGUGAAUGCCUGGUAUGUCAUGAAACAGAAGGUCUCCCAGGAACCUUCCUCUUUCAAGGCACAGUAUUUGAAAAUCAGUAAGUUAAAGGGGAUUUACUGAAGGGAAGAUGCUAAGAGAUUGUUUAUUUACCCUCUUAACACUGGCCAGUGCAUUGCGUGCUGCAGCAGUAUUAGAGACAGUCAUGGUUGUAUGUCUGGCACCCGCCUCUUUCUCUUCUUUCAAGCCUUCCCCAAAAGGAAACCAAAAGAGGAAGUGUGUGUGUUCUUUGUGUCUGUGUCAAGUAUCAUCUAGAAAAUGAUUCCAUCCCACACUUCCCCUGUUCCCAUUGUACUCCUUCGAUACAGCUUCAUCAGACUAUCAGUCUCCUGACUUCCUGAUUCACAUUCACUUGGU